CAAGAACCUUUUUCAUCUCAAAUUCAUAUUGUUACUAUGGCUGCAGCUACAGUCCCACCAGGAAAACCCAUGUCAAUGGAGCAACACAUGCUUGAUAAAGGAGCUCAAAUGUUGCAGUCUUUGACUCCUAUCAAGCAAAUGAAUCAACAUGUUUGUACUUUUGCUAUGUAUAGUCAUGACAUGCAUCGUCAAAUCGAAACUCAUCACUAUGUCACUCGUUUGAAUCAAGAUUUCCUUCAGUGUGCCGUUUACGACUCCGAUGAACCCACCGGCCGUCUUAUCGGAGUGGAGUAUAUAAUAUCUGAUCGUAUCUUUGAAACUUUGCCUCAAGAAGAACAAAAGCUUUGGCAUUCUCAUGCACAUGAGAUAAAAUCAGGACUUUGGAUAACUCCUAGAGUACCAGAAAUGGUUGUAAGGCCUGAGCUAGAGAAUCUUACCAAGACGUAUGGCAAAUUUUGGUGUACGUGGCAGACUGAUAGAGGUGACAAGUUACCAAUUGGACCACCAGCACUGAUGAUGUCUCCACAGGCAGUGGAUUUGGGCAUUGUGAACAUAGGGCUAGUCAAGAAAAGAGAUGACAAGUACAACAUAUCGACUGAUGCCAUAAAAACUACUCGGGUCGAUUUACCCGAGCCCGAACGCCUGAAUCCGCAAGCGGAUUAUUGGAUGCUGCACGGAAAGGGUUUCGCGAUCGGUGUUGAGGAUGUUGACAUGAAGAAGAGAGCACCAUUUCCAUGAGUGUGUUUACAAGCUUUUAGAUAGUUUGUAUUCAUGUUAAUAUUUUGCUGGUUCCUGUACAAAUAAAGGCAUAUAUAAGGGGAUAUGAAUAUGUUAGUACAUAUGUGAAGUUAAUAUUUGGAUGAAAUAAUAUAUCUAUGCUAGUUAAGCUAUGUUGAAGGUGA